UUACUAGCUGUUCAUUUCUUAGCCAGCCAUGGCGAGUCUCGUCGCGAGGGCUUUGCCAGUCGCUUCCGGGCGUGCCACUCCUCGCCUUUCUCUCGUCGGCGCCGUUGCUCUCUCACGGCGACCGAUCCCGUAUCCCGGAGGCCCUCUGCUCAUUGUCUCUCCGCAUCCAACUUCGGUGUUUCUCCGACCCUUCUCUAAUCCGUGCGACAUUUGGCUUGGAUCCCUUUCCAGGAGUUUCCGAUCCCUGUCGCCCUUGCCGACAUGUAGUAUUUAUUCCGUCUCCGCUCGUGGAUUUCGGAAGGUAAGACGCGGGAAGCUGAACAAGAAGAAGGAGAAGAAGCCACUCGAGCUCGAUGUCACGAUCUGCAUCGAAGAAGGCUUGCCGGACGAUCCUCAAACUUUGAGCAUUGCUGAGAAACUUCAGUCUGAUGUUCCAAUUGUACUGAAGGUUGCAUUUGAUAAUCUAAAAGCUUCGGAUUAUAAGACAAGAGAUACUUCUAUAGGUGACAUUUACAAGUAUGAUAAAGUUGAGCUCUCUGUGUUGCUUUGUGAUGAUAAUUUUAUUCAAAAGCUAAAUAAAGAAUGGCGGGAUGUGGAUCAGCCUACUGAUGUUCUGUCUAUGUCCCAACAUAUUCCUGAGCUAGACCUUCCAAUUCUUUCAUUGGGUGAUGUAGUUAUAUCCCUGGAAACAGCUACCAAGCAAGCAAAGGAAAGAAGCCAUACACUUAUCGAUGAAAUCCGAGUUCUCAUGGUUCAUGGUUUGCUCCAUCUAUUAGGCUUUGAUCAUGAACUGGGCCUUCAGGCUGAAGCUGAAAUGGAAAAGGAAGAGGACUUUAUCCUCAGAAAUCUUGGGUGGAAAGGAAAAGGUUUAAUUAAGUGUGCACAUGAUUCUGGAAUACAAGAAAGUUGCCCAAUAAACAGCUCAGAUGGACAUGCCAAAAAUAUGAAGACAGAGAGCCAAUCAGGAUUUUGUGAAGCAAAAUUGAGUUACAUUUUCUGUGAUGUUGAUGAUAUUUUUUUUGAUGGCAAAAGUCAAGAAGAUACGUUGAUGACAAAAGCUCUGGAAGUUGCUCUCUCUGAAGGAGUAAAUAUAGCCGUUAUUACUAGAAAGACCAGGUCAGCAGUUAUAAGAGUUUCAAGAACAAUCAAUUUGAAAGGGAAAGCUUGCAUCAUAUCUGAAACAUCAGCUGGUGUUUUCCUACAGGGAUCACUUGUAUAUGGGAGACAAGGUAAAGAGAUUUUCAGAGCAAAUCUAGAUAAGAAUCUUUGCAGAGAGGCUUUUCAGUACUCUUUGCAACACGGACUUCCUCUGGUUGCAUUUUGCCAGGAUCAGUGUUUAACUUUAUUUGAUCAUCCUUUGGUUGAUUCACAGCAUACCCUGCAUCAUGAGCCAAAGGUUGUGGUUAUUCCUUCCAUUGAGCGCCUUUUAGCAAGGUCCGAUCUACAGAAAUUGGUUUUCCUUGGAACUGCUGAAGAGAUUUCCGCUCUAAGACCAUAUUGGACAGAAGCAACAAGAGGGCUUGCAGAUGUUGUUCAGCCGCAGACAUGUAUGCUUGAAAUUAUUCCAUCUGGAGUUUCAAAAGAUAGCGGCGUAAAGAUGCUACUGGAUCACCUUGGAAUUGCUACAGAUGAGAUUAUGCCACAUUUUGACAAUGAAAAUAAGAUGAUGAUGAUGCAGAAUGCAUCAGCGUCGUCAUCGAACAUGGUAAUGCCAGAUGAAAGCUAGAACACUGACGAUUACUGGUGAUACAUAUGUAUGUUCUUGGCGCGACAAAGAAGUCUGGCUAUCCUCUAUUAAAUGGAAGUGAGUAAUUCUUUGAAUGCAUCCAAUGAAGACAAGGUUUGGUUAGAUGGAGCCAGCGUAUAGGAUUGGUAAUGCGGGGAUAUGUGGAUCUAAGAUAUCUUAGUUCAACUAAUGAAACCGCAAUCAUGUAGUUUCUAUUGUUGAGAAAAAGAUCUACUUGAGUGUCACUCAGAGACAUGAGUAAUGCUUCGAAUGUGCUCGAUGAAGAUUUGCUUUCGAACAGCUGAAUAGGGCAAGUAAUGUGAUGAUAGCUGAACCUAAGAUCUAUGUAGAACUGAUUUGUUUGCCAUAUUACUGCUUUCUGUAUGUUUGUACUUGAACAUUGUAUCAUGUGGACAAAUUCCUUGUGUUGUAGCGGACCGUUUUUUUUCUGAGGAUAUGUGCUCGUUGAGAAUUGA